AUGAGUUUAUCAAUUUUCUAUAACUCUGGUUCUAGGUUGGGGAUUGGUGCUAAAGGUUUGCCGGAUUCUGAAUCUGUUUGGAGCCCUACAUCUCCUCUUGAUUGCAGACUCUUCUCAAAUCUUAGAAAUCCGCUUAGUGUCAAGUCUUGUAGACCAUCAGUUCAAACUGGUCAUAAGAAACAGUUUGAUGACAGUAAAGUAGGCCUUGGCAUCAUAAGUUCUCUUGUUGAUGAAACCAAACUUAACAAUGACAUCUUUGGUAAAUUUAAGAGGAAAAGUAUUAUUUUUGGACCACAGGUGAAAACUAGCAUCCUUAAAUUUUCUAACAACCAUGAGUUCUUGUCACCUUACUUGAAAUCUAAUUCCUUGCCCAAAAACUAUGUAAUUUCACUUCCUUCUGAAACCAAAACUCCCAAAUCUGAAGUGGAAAACGUUGACAAUGUCUCUGGAAAGAAUGAUGACAACUGGGAAUCUGAAGCCUUCGAAAGAACCAUGACUUCUUUGUCUUGUUCCUUUAAGCCUUCAUCAUUAAUCGACUCAAAUCAAAACUCCAAUUUGGGAAUGAAUGAAUUGUGUUUAGGAAAUACAUCUACAUUAAGGAGUUUGCCUUCAGUGACAAGCAGAGACUCACAUGUAGAUAGUUGUUUGAAUAUUAAAUCAAAUUCUCUUCCAAUAUCCAUUGAUUUUAGCAAAGGGUGUCUAGGUUCACUCUCUGCAAGAGAGAUAGAGCUUUCUGAGGAUUAUACCUGUAUAAUUUCUCAUGGUCCAAACCCUAAGAGAACACAUAUUUUUGGUGACUGCAUUUUGGAAUGUCACAACAAUGACUUCACUGAGUUCAACAUGAAGGAAGAACGUGCUUUCAGAGCUUCUCAAAUUCCUUCAUUUUCAGAAGGAUCAGCCCCUUAUCCUUCUGAUAAUGUUUUGAGCUUUUGUUACUCGUGUAAUAAGAAAUUAGUGAAGGAGGAAGACAUUCACAGACACAGAGGUGGGAAAGCAUUUUGCAGGUUUGGCUGUGGAUCAGAGGAAAUUUUGGUAAGAGAGGAUUUGGAGAAAACUGGGACUUCCUCAAUAGCGAGUUCUCCUGGCUCAAGUUACCAUGAUCUCUUCCUCACGGGUCUGCUUUUGUCCAAAUGA